AUGGAACUUGAUAAAACGCCCUCGGUCUCCUCGGACGGUACUCUCACCUCUUGCCGCACCCUCCUCAUUGACUCAAAAGGCAUCGGUUUCUUCCGUCUCCCAUUCCCUCCGCGCCAACUGGAACUUCCAAUUCUCGACGCCACCGAUGGCUCUCUCGCGUACGUCUCCACACGGGAGAGAGUAUCCUCGGGAACAGCAGUCUUAUCGAAGCCGACAGUCGGCGAUCUAGUCAAGACCGAGUACUUCUUCCGGCCAGGUAGAGGGCCUAUCGUGACCUCGUUGCAGGCUGAUAAACCGUCAUCCAAAGUACAUGGCCGAUGGACAUCGAGAAUCACGUCUUUUAGGAUGCCGAACGGGGAAGCUUUCGAGUGGUCAUAUGGAAGACAGAAAGCAGCAGACGGCGAGAAAGCAAACCUGAUUGUUCUGAGAGCUAUCGAAGAAGCCCACAGGACAGGUACGAUCCUUGCUCGGCUUAUUCGAGGGGAGGAGACUAGAGCACCCGGGUCAAAGAAGUGCAGCGCUGGCAACGGAGGUACCUUGGUGAUCGACAGUAGCUACCUGCUUCCAGAAGAGAUCAUCGUGGCCACAUGUCUAAUAAUGCUGGAGAGGGAGAUCGAUCGUCGCAGGAUGACGCAGGCAAUGAUGCUCUCAGCAGCUGCGAGUGGUGGUCCCUGA